UUUUAAAGGACAGAGCAACAGAGAUGUGGAGUGACGGAAUUGCAGAGCUGAAGCCUAGGUAGCUGAAUGUGCAACAGCAGUAAUGGAACCUAGGAAGUGGUAAAUGUAGAAAAAAUCAAAGUAGGAGAGGCCUUUCGGGGCUACGAGGCCAGAUGAAGUUACUGUAGUCGGAUGGGAAGAACCAAUGGAAGGAUUUGAACAGAAGAAAGAGCAUUUUCAAAUUGGUGUUUAUCAUGAGAUUAAGCAAUAAGUAGUCAAUUAUCAUUGAGGGGAUAGAUGAUCAAUAUUUUAUAGAACUUGCAGCCUGAGAUGCAGAGAGGUUUUUUAAGAUUGGAAGAUGGGAAAUCAUUCAAAACAUGAUGGAAUUAAUUUUUUAAAAAUCCAGGGUGAGGCUUUCAGCAGCUUUGCACAAACAAAAGCCUCUGAACUCAUAUGAAGUCAUUUUUCAUUUUAAAUAAUAAUCUGCUGUUUGAUUCCUUUUAUCAGUGGAUGACCUUGCAUUUUCAUAGUUAUAGAUGUACAAACUUCAUACUGGGUGUGUUGGAGGUUUGGAUGGAACAUGUCAACUUAAGUAUCACUGCCGAUAAUGUUUGGAGAGAAAAAAGGCUUUUAUUUGAAAAUUGAAUUAUUACCCACAGACAAUGUGGAGUAAUCUCAAUCUAUUGACAGGGCCUCCUGUGCCAUAGAACCAUUAUAUGGGCUAAUUUUUGUUCUAUCCAUUUACAAAAUAAGGUAAUAUCAGAGCACUUAAAUAUAUGUGGCCCAUUUCAUCAAAAAGGUAAUCACCCCAUUUGAAGAGCAGAGUGACACCUAUAGACACUCAUUCUAACAAUCGAAUCCAGGGUAACGUGUGUGACCAUGGUUGUCACAUCACAAUGGCAGCCAGUGAAUUACAACUUGGUCUCAACUCUGGGAGGUGACAGGUCAAAACUCACUGUUCGGUGCCAGUCUUGAAGGAGCAGUUUUGGUCAGAGCUUUCAAAGACUAACACCUGCGUUUUUUUGUCCUGAUGCUGCUUCCUUUCAUAUGUAGUGGUAAGGAAAAGAUUACCUCAAUUACCUGUGAAGGAGUUUUGUACAUUGAAGAAAGAAUAUACUUGCCAAACUGGAAGUGAGAUUGAGAUUGCUUAUACUUGUAUUAGUGGAGCUAACUGAAAAGUGAGUGACAAUGUAUGGACCAUAAAAUCUAGAAGCAGAAUUAGGCCAUUUGCCCAUUGAGUGUUCUACUAUUUGAUGGUGGCUGAUUCAUUAUCCCUCUCAAACCUGUUCUCCUGCUUUUCACCCGUAACAUUUGUCGCCUUUAUUAACCAAUAACCUAUCAAUCUCCACUUUAAAUAUGUUCAGUGACUUGAUCUCUACAGCAGCCUAUGGCAAUGAAUUCCUUAGGUUCGUCACCCACUGGCUAAAGAAAUUCUACCUCAUCUCUGUUCUAAGUGGAUGUGUUCCUAUUCUGAGUCUGUGCCUUCUGGUCCCAGACUCUCCCCAUUAUUGGAGACAUCUUCUCCACAUCCACUCCAUCUUGGCCUUUCAAUAUUCAGUAAGUUUCAAAUAAACCCCCCCAUCCCCAUUUUUCUAAAAUCCAUAGUGUACAGGAAUGCUCCAAAUACAUUAACCCUUUCAUUUCUAGGAUCAUUCUCGUGAACCUUUUGCCCCCCUCCAAUACCAGCACAUCCUUUUCUCAUUAAAGGGCCAGAAACUCAAGUGCAGUCUCAGCAAUGCAUUCUUGCUUUUUUUUAUAUUCUAGUCCUCUUGCAAUGAUUACUAACCUAAUAAGCUAUGCUAUCCAUUUUUUAAAGACAUAAAGAUUGCUGAUAAAGUGGAGAAAAUUGCUAAAGAUUGGCCUCUGAAGCCUGUUCCCUCGACUGGAACCAUCUCCUAUCUCACUGGUCCUGUAUUGAGUUCCAUAGUUUAGGAGCGUGGGUCAAAAGAGCUGACUUGACAAUUUUCUUUUGAGGGAGAUUGUUUAAAUUUAAAAGACUGGCGGAAGAAGAUUGAAAAACUCAAGCAGGAUUAUAAAAUGAAAGCAAAUCUGUGAUGUAGAUCGGUCCCCAACCAUUGGAAGCUUUAUAAACAGAAUGUAUUGAACUCAACAUGAAGGGACACAAUGAUGCUGCCUGAUGAUUUGUAGCCUUUAACAGCGUGCAAGCCCUGUCACAAAUCACAGCGAGACUGGGACUCUCUUUUGGACUGGUACCGUCUCUCGAUAGAAUUACCAAUGUUGUACCUCAGCUUCCUGUAAAGAACCUAACACUCUGAAACAUCAAAAAAAAAAUGUUUUCUAUACACCUUUUGGCCUUUUAUCUUGCAAAACUUCAGGAAGAUCAAGCCAAAAAGAUCGAUCGCUUCCUCUACAACAUGCAGCUCAACCCUGAAAAGCUACAAGACAUCAUGUCUCGAUUUGGCAAUGAGAUGAGAAAGGGACUAUCGAUCAACGAGACUUCUACUGUUAAAAUGCUGCCUACCUUUGUACAGUCAACUCCUGACAGGACAGAAAAGGGAGAUUUUUUGGCAUUGGACUUAGGAGGCUCCAGAUUUGAGGUGUUAAGGGUCAGGGUGUCUGAAGAUGGACAACAAGUGAUACAAACAGAGAGACAGUUGUAUCCCAUGCCAGAUGAAAUGAAACAAAGCAAUGCUUCUGAGUUUUUCAACUAUGUCGCUGAAUGCUUGGGAGACUUCAUGGAGAAGCGGGAAAUAAAAAACAGAAAGUUUCCACUUGGUUUCACAUUUUCCUUUCCCUGCAGACAAACCAAACUGGAUGAGGGUUUUCUCAUUUCGUGGGGUAAGGGAUACAAGAUCAGCGGAAGCAAAGGAGCAAAUGUCAUCUCUCUGUUACGCAAAGGAAUUGAGCAGCAAGGGGACUUUGACGUGGAUGUGCUGGCUUUGGUGAAUGACACUGUGGGAACUCUGAUGUCCGGAGGAUUUGAUGACCCGUACUGUGAAGUUGGUGUUGUCAUUGGCACUGGAACUAAUGCUUGUUACAUGGAGGAAAUGAGCAACAUAGAAUCGGUCGAGGGCAACAUCGGACGCAUGUGUAUUAACACAGAGUGGGGAGCGUUCGGCGAUGACGGCUCAUUGAAUGACAUCAGGACUGAAUUUGAUUUGGAGCUGGAUGCUAACUCUCUCAAUCCGGGGAAACAAUUGUUUGAGAAAAUGAUUUCUGCUAUGUACCUGGGAGAACUGGUAAGACUCAUCUUGGUCAGACUAACUAAGAGUCAUACACUGUUCAGUGGGACGGCUUCAGCGAAGCUCCUCACCAAAGGAUCGUUCGGCAUCCAACAUCUGACUGCAGUUGUGAACUCUAAUUCUGGGAUGGAGAACUCUAUGCAGAUACUGAUGGACCUGGAUCUUCAGCCUUCUGAAGCAAACUGCAAGGCUUUGCAACACAUCUGUUUCAUUGUAAUGUCUCGUUCAAUCAGUCUUUGUGCAGCCGCACUGGCUACCAUUUUGAUACAUUUGAAAAACACUAGGAAGAUAAAACGACUCAGAACGACUGUUGGAAUUGAUGGGACAGUGUACAGAACUGUUCCACAGUACCCAAAAAACUUGCACCGACUGGUUCGACAGCUGGCUCCUGGAUGUGACGUGCGUUUCCUUCUGGUUGAUACAGGCACGGGGAAAGGAGCUGCAAUGGUGACUGCAGUAGCCUACAGGCUCGUGAAUCAACGUAAAUACCAGGACAAGACGUUGGCACCGCUGCAGCUCAGCCGGGAGCAAUUGCUGAAAAUUAUGCAAAUAAUGAAGAAUGAAAUGAAGCUUGGGCUGAAGACAGAGACGCACAGUACUGCCACACUGAAAAUGCUGCCCACCUUCAUUCAGAAGUUCCCUGAUGGGACAGAAAGAGGCAAAUUCCUUGCCCUUGAUUUGGGUGGAACUAACUUCCGUGUCCUUCUUCUUGUGCUGCGGAACCGGCCAAGGAUGAUCUCUCAAACAUACCAGAAAAGCUACUCCGUUCCCAUGGAGGUAAUGCAAGGAAUAGGUGAAGAGCUGUUUGACUGGAUCGUGGAGUGCAUCGUUGAAUUCCUGGAUUAUAUGGGCAUGAAGUGUGCUCCACUACCCUUGGGCUUCACUUUCUCCUUCCCUUGUAUACAGCAUCGAUUGGAUCAGGGCGUUCUUGUUAACUGGACCAAAGGCUUUAAGGCCACUGAUGUUGAAGGAGAUGAUGUUGUUUUUCUACUAAAAGAAGCCAUUAAAAGACAAGGAGAGCUGAAUCUGGAUAUUGUGGCGCUUCUGAAUGACACAGUCGGGACCAUGAUGACCUGUGCGUAUGAGAACCCUAAUUGUGAAGUUGGACUGAUUGCAGGAACUGGCACCAAUGCCUGCUACAUGGAAGAAAUGAAGAACAUCGAAAUAGUGGAUGGAGUUGAAGGCAGGAUGUGCAUCAACACAGAGUGGGGAGCAUUUGGUGACAAUGGUUGCUUAGAUGAUAUCCGUACAACCUUUGACAGGCUUGUAGAUAUCAAUUCAUUAAAUCCUGGGAAACAGAAAUAUGAGAAAAUGAUCAGUGGAAUGUAUCUGGGGGAAAUUGUGCGCAACAUAUUGAUAAACUUCACAAAGCAUGGACUUUUAUUUAGAGGCUUUGUUUCACCUGUACUAAAGACUAGUGGCAUUUUUGAAACCAGCUAUAUGUCCCAGAUAGAGAGUGACCGCCUGGGUCUGCUCCAGGUCCAUUCAAUCCUCCAGAACCUCGGCCUCGACUGCACUUGUGACGACAGUAUCAUCGUGAAGGAGGUGUGCAGUGUUGUUUCGAAGAGAUCCGCCCAGCUCUGUGGCGCAGGGAUGGCUGCUGUCGUGGACAAAAUAAGGGAGAACCGGGGCUUGAACCACCUAGAGAUUACCGUGGGUGUUGAUGGAACUCUCUAUAAGCUUCACCCGCAUUUUUCCACAAUCAUGCAGGAGACAGUAAAGGAUCUGGCUCCCAGCUGCGAUGUGAAGUUCGUGCUUUCUGAAGAUGGCAGUGGAAAAGGUGCAGCACUUGUUACAGCAGCAGUGAAACAAUCUAACUAACAGUGUCACCAACAAAACAGCAAACAGGGCUCAUUACAAACACCAGCGUGGCUGAUUGUGACAUUGUUAUCGGUUAAUCAGUUUUCUCAAUAUCAAUUCAUUCCUCAAAAUUGAUCUUUAAGGUACAAAACUCUUCAAGUAAUAAUCUCACAGAUCACUUCAAUGUCCUUGCUUGCGAGGUGACCAUUGUGGGGAAAUUCCAUCACAUCGCAUUAUGAUUAUCAUUAUGAUAAUCAAUUUUAGUUUAAAAUUCAGUUAUCGAAAGUACUGAUUAAUAAAAACUGCUUGUGCACAAAACUGAACAAAUGAAUAUUCCUCUAGGUCUGUAAUAACUCAUUAUUUCUAGUUGGAAUAAGCCUCACCAGCUAAAGCAGGACGGCUUUAUGAGAAAACUAAAAUGAGAAUUACUUUUUACAUUCAGUGAAAUGCUUCCAUCAGACUCACACUGGAGCAGGGUAAGGCCGUACAUCCUGAGUGAGAAGGCUGAAGUUUCUCUGUGCGAGUGGCUAUAGGUUUGGGACCAGGCAAGUAACUACAGUGCAUAUUGUGGCUGGUAUGCACCUCUGCCACAACAUGCCAAGUGUUUGCAAUGGAGGCUGGGGAGCCAAUCACAUGAACUAUUUUGUCCUGCAUGGUACCAAGCCUAAAUAUUGUUUAAAUUGCACUAACCAGGCAAGCGUCCGUCAGUACUUCCAAAGAUCCUACCAUUCAGUGGGUGGGAAGUGCAUCACUUCUCAGUUUUCUGGAUCAAUUUCCAUCUCAUCUGAUAUUGCAUGUGUGGUGUGUGGCCAAGUGGUUAAGCUGUUGGACUAGUGAUCUGAAGGUCAUGAGUUCGAGACCCAGCCGAGGUAAUGUGUUGUGUCCUUGAGCAAGGCUCCAGUCCACCCAGCUGAAAAUGGGUACCGGCAAAAUGCUGGGGGUUAACCUCGCGA